AAGAUGCUGUCGAGAGGAUCAGGUACAUCUGUGGUUUAUUGGACUGAGUAUAUACUCAGUCACUAUCUCAAGGAUACAGCACCAAUUCUACUAUAAUCAGGUAAUUUCACUUUUAUCUGAACUUCUGUUCAGUAAUGAAAUAAGAAAUUUCCGACAGUUACAUUGUUAAGUUCCUGGAAAAUUUCAGUUUGAAUUGUUGUAUUAAGUGAAAUAAAGUAGCAAAGAUUAAAAGAACAUGGAAUUUAUAUCGUUCCUGCACUUUGAUGUUAUGCUUAUAGGAUUGUGAUUCUAAUUUACUGCUUGGCAUGAAUUGACUCGUCUUAUAUACUAGUCAACCAAACAGAAACCAAAAUCACACUUUGGCUUCUUGGCCUCUACUAUCCUUCAGAAUUAUUUAAGAAAAAAUUGUAGGAACAUAUUGCCAAAUAUUUAUUAUAACUAAUCACGUUAAUUACUUCUUUAGUGCAUGUAUGUUACUUUUUACUAGAGAUACUACAUUAUCGACCAUUUCUAGGUUCAGUGCACAGAAUUAAUUCAAGUAUCCUAGCGAAUAUCAGGGUUGCCUACGAGUUAAAUACCAAAUCCAAUGAAAUCUUGCAUAAGAAAGGUUCUCAUAACCUUCGUUCUUCUGUCAUUUUGUAUUAUUACUUGGAAAGCCACAAUUAGCUUUAAGAAGACUAAACCUUCGUCUGAAUCAAUAGCCAAACACUCAACAAACUGCAGUUUUCUUUUUUCGCAACUUCUUAUCUUUUUAGGCUUGCCAUCAUCCUAAGACCAUUGGCCUAAGGAUCUUUGACUUAUUUUCAUUUGGGUGCUAAGGUUGAUUGUAGACUUCUCUUAUACUGUCCUUGAUAAAAACGUAACUCUAAUAGCAAUCUUAAACUAGUACCCUGAAGACUGCCUUUUACUCCAUCUAAGAGUAAACUUUCUUCUUCAAUGUUUGAGGCCUAGGUUAUCAAACUUUACCUACCGAAUCAUGUCUCUUGAUGUUGUUCAAACCUAAUGAAAGAAAGAUUGAACUAAUGAUGUUGCCCAUGGAAAUGUAGAAAAAUUUUCUCUAUAACUCGUCUUCUUACUGAAGUUAAGUACUAUGAGAAUUCCAUUAGAAUCCUGCAAUUUCCUUGUUAUUUUGAGGUGUUCUGGUAGUUUAUCUGUGCAGCACUAAAGUCUUUUAUUCUAUCAAAUUUUUCCUUGUGUUUUUUGUGGUUAAUUAGUUUAGAGGAAGAGCAGAUCAGUUAUCAAGACCAAGAUGGCUUUUAAAUUUCUGCAAUUCCUCAAGGUGGGAAGAUAUCUAAAAAAAAUAUCAUGGAUGAACCCGUGGCGAAGGAGAGAAAAGUUUGGCAGGGCAUUUCACAUGGCUUUCAUGUCAUUGAAAGGGGAGACGAAACUCAGGACCUUAUUCUUGCUCAAAGGGAACAAGCAGAUGACCUCGAGCUUUGGCUUUUUGGAGCAUUUGAUACGAACGUGGGAUAUCCAAUCAGAAAAUACUUGCAAUCGAACAUAUUCAGCAAUAAAGUUAAUGAGGGUCAAAUUGAAAGGAAAGCAAAGGAUACUAUGAAGAAAUCCUACUUAAUCACAAAAGACUGUGCAUGAGGGAGACAAACAUGAGGAUGGAGGUUUCACAACUGCACUUGUUAUGAAUGCGGAGAAAAUUGUUGUAGCAAGCUUUGGUGGAUACAAAGCUGUAUUGUGUAGAGGGGAUGUGGCCAUACAAUUAGGAAAGAAGCAUCGAAGAGUUCAGAAGGGGUUUUGGUCCUUAUUAGGUGCAUUCCACUUGAAAUAUCUUACUGAGAACGGGAAGAAGUCACGGAAGAACACAAGACUCGGUGUCAGCACCCAUAAAGUGGAACCCGAGUUUGAGUUCAUCGUGUUAGCUAGUGAUGGCAUAUGGGAGGUGAUGAGUAACCAAGAGGCUGUGAACCUAAUAAGUCACAUUGAAGAUGCUCAAACUGCAGCGGAGGUUCUUGCGUUGGAAGCCGUGACAAGAAUGAGCAAAUCAACAAUCUCAUGUGCUGUGGUUCGUUUUCAUUGAUACUACUAGUAUUUUCGGUGUUCAGUGUCUUACAAAUAGAUCGCGGUUGUUAUGCGCUACAGUAACAUUUUUCUCUGCUUUAUUCUCAUUCACCAUCGGUAAAGAAAUACUUCGCAUUGUUAUUGGCUCAUGGUAAACUAGUGUUGUAUUGCUGGAAAAUAUUGACACUGGCAACUUAGAAAUAGCCUACAUUUACAUAUCCAUAUACUGUUGAUGCUGAUGGUUGAGUGUGGAUCUUUCCAAACCAACAAAGACUGCCAAUAAGUAUGAAGCUUAAAGCUUCACGAAACAUUGUUUCAUUUUUUUUUAAAAUCUAGUAGCUGUAGGUUAAAAGUCAGCCAAACACAUUUAAAAAAGCAAACAUACACUCUCUGCAAAAACCCAAGUCCAUUUGUUGUGGUGUAGAACAACAAUGGAGAAUUCCCUUCAUCUGCCUCUAUUUCCUGAUGACAUCUUGUUGGAGAUCUUUUCCAGACUUCCUGUUAAAUCCCUUCUCCGUUUUCAGUGCGUCUCAAAAUCUUGGCUUGCCCUCAUCUCCACCUCCAACAAGAAUCUGCCACUGGCCAUGGCCGGUUUCUUCUACAUAAACAACAACGCAACGCGAUUCAAGAGCCUUGGUUCAAGAACCUAUAUAGGUACUAAUUCCAUCGACACCACUCUCUCUUUCUUGACAUCCCUCCAUGGCAAUCUUGAUGUCAUUGAUUGUCGUAAUGGUUUGUUGCUUCUCAUGAAUCCAAAUUCUCUGUAUGUAUGCAAUCCUGCAACUCAGAAGUGGGCUAUUCUCCCAAAACCCUACAAGAAGUCUGCAGAAUUAGUAUUAGCCUUCGAUCCCCAAAGUUCUAGCCACUACGAGAUCAUCUCCUUUCCCCCUGUAGAUCCUGUUGAGCUUGGAGCCAUCGGAGUCGAAAUAUUUUCAUCUGUAACAUGCCAGUGGACUGAGGUCCAGAGGUACUACAGGAUCAAUAACAUUAGUUUUGCUCGCUUUGGUUUUGCCUUCUUGAACGAUAUCUUUUACGUGUUAACUGAAUGCGGACUCACUUUUCGAAUGGAGGAGGAUUGUUGUGGAGAAGUUUAUCGGCCUAACAUGGGCUCCUGGCUCGGAAGGAACACGGGUUUUAUCGGGCAGUCACAGGGUUCUUUGUAUCAUACAAUGAUUGUAUCGGGAGAAUUGUUUGUAUGGGCUGAGGAUUCUCCCAAGAAAUACAUGAAGGCUUCAAAAUAUGUUUUGAAGCAUAGGAACAACAUUAGAAAUUUAGCAGCAGAGCUGCUGGGGGUCGGACAUCAGCUUCUUUCAGACGAUCGGUUUCGUAUAUUGAGUUUUCAUUCAGACCUGGAUGUGAUUUUUCUCAAGUUACAAGGUAAGUUGUUUUCCUACCAUUUGAAGAGUGCUAAAUUGGAGGAGAUGUGCAGUUUUGAGGGGAACAGGCCAUGUUUUGCUUACUCCCCUUGUUUUUCUGAAGAUCUGGACCUUUCAACAUCAAAUCCUGAUAUACUUUGAUGAUACACAAGGAAUUUUGAGAACAGGGUCGAGCUUGGAGAGGUUGGGGAGAUCUAUCAUGCUGCUAAAUAUUUGAUUAAACCCUAAGGGGGAGUCAAAUGCCUUUAGGUGAAGCCUUGAACAGUUCAAACUUUCUUUCCGUUGAAUAGGAAGAUAAUGACAGGUUCUGUAGUUACACCAUAAGGUGACAUUUCAUACUUGGCUUGCUAAAAUAUGA